UCCACGCUGCUGCAGCCGAACCUAAAGUGGCCGCAGCAUAGGGCGCUGGUACCUGCAGCCCUUGCUUUUGGUGCAGUGGUACAAGGGGGGCCUGGUCGCAAAGGAUGUGAAUUGUGAGCUUGGACUGAGGUCACAGGCCAUCCGUCAUAUCACAAGCUCCUUUACGAGCUGAAAGUCCAGGUCGCUCGAGCGAGCUCUGCGCUUCUUUUACCAUAAAACCGACGAGAAAGAGAGCAGUGGCCGUCUGUGCCUUUCUUGUCUCACUCUUGCAUCAAUAGCGCCCUUCGUCAAAGAAGUGAUGCGACUUUGUUGAGAGACUGCCGUCUUUGUUCUUCUCUUCUCCCUCGCCAAAUCCUCCCUCAUAGCUUACUCGCGCAUCACAGCCGGCCGGCAGCAUUUCACGAUGGACUCGGUGUUCGAGUGGCAGCCUAACAAGUUCCUGCAGGACCACCGCAGCCAGACUUUUGCCCUCCUGGUGCUCAAUCAGCCUCUGAAGAAUGGCAGCAACCUGCGCAAGCUCUGGAGAAAUUCUUCUCUCCGCAUAGCGGCCGAUGGAGGCGCUAAUCGUCUUCACGAGCUCUCAUCAUUCCAAGGCAAAUUUUCGAACCUGCAAGUCAUCAUCGGUGAUCUGGAUUCACUGAGACCAUCGGUUCACGACUUCUACACCUCGCAGCACACCCCUGCUCAAAUCAUCCGGGAUCCCGACCAAUAUUCCACCGACUUUGGCAAGGCCAUCACUUGGAUCCGCAAAACGCAGCCUGCCGGGACUGAUAUUGUCGCCCUGGGCGGCAUCGGCGGGCGAAUCGACCAAGGUCUCAGUCAACUCCACCACCUUUACCUCUUCCAGUCGGAUCCUGCGUAUGCAGAUGGUCGCAUUUACCUUCUCUCAGGAUCCAGCCUGACGUUCCUCCUCAAGACCGGCACGCAUCGCAUCCAAGUCAGAGAGGAUGGCGAGGAAGAGGUGUUUGGCAAGCACGUCGGAAUCAUCCCGCUCAAGGAGCCAAGCCACAUCACAACCAAAGGGCUGGAGUGGGAUGUGACUGAUUGGGAAACCCAGAUGGGCGGCAAGCUCAGCACUAGCAACCACGUUCUCCCAGAAACAAAGAUUGUCGAGGUUCAAACGACCAAAGACGUCCUCUUCACGAUAGCGCUUAGCAAUCUCGACGGCGAGGAAGACGGCUAGAGUAUCGUGUGAAUUGGAACGAAGAGGAAACUUUACAUCAUCUCUUGAUAGCUCUGAAAGAAAUUAUGA